AUGUAUGAAGAUGAUAUCCUCAAGCGCUUUGGCAUGGAGGAGUGCAAGGCUGUGGCGAGUCCUGUGGAUGUCAGCUCUCGACUGAUGUCAAGCAACGCUACGAGCAAGAUCGAUGUUCCCUUCCUCGAAGCUGUUCGUGCUUUGAUGCAUCUGACGACUGCGACACGACCGGACAUCGCCUAUGCUAUGAGCUUUGUGUCGCGCUUCGUGAAGAAUCCCCAAGAAGAACACUGGGUUGCGGUAAAGCGCAUCUUUCGCUACCUACAAGGCACUAAGAUGCAUGGAAUUUGCUGCAAGCCACGUGCAAGGAUCGACUUUCGUGGUUCUUUGGACGCAGACUGGGCCGGCGACCUCACUGAUCGCAAGUCAACGUCUGGCUACGUUUUAUGCUAUUGGGUGCUCCAUGAAGCGGAGUACAUUGCGCUAAGUCUGGCGGUUCAAGAAGGCAAGUGGAUCCACCGCUUACUAUGCGAGAUCAUGGCGGCUGCUAACGAGGACGGACCCGAGCUCAUGAUCCGCGAAGACAACCAGUCCUACAUCAAAACGACCAAGCAUCCGGUCAACCACGGCCGCGCUAAACACAUUAAUAUCCAGUACCAUCACAUUCGCGAUGAAGUCAAGCGGGUUGAAGUGAAGCUUGAAUACUGCAACACGACGGUAAUGUUGGCAGACAUUAUGACCAAGGAACUCCACGGACCGCGCCACAAGGACUUAACGGCGCCGCUAGGCAUCUGCUCGCAUUCGGGUUGA